AUGUUCAAAUUCUUGGAUGCAAAGGAGGCCUUUAAUGAGAUGCAUUCUAGAUUGCUGGCUAAACGGCUUCUCGAUGUGGCUCCUGUCAAUGCAGAAAACGAGCUGUUGUUGCUUGGCCAAUUGAGAGCCACCUGCGGCCAUGACUACACUUCAAAAAUGUUCAAGAUGAUUUCUGAUAUCAAAAAGGGGCCACACAUAACUGAGGGUUUUCUCGCCCAUCUUUCCUCGGCCAUUUCCAAGCCGGGUUUUGAUUUUUCAGUCACAAUUCUGAAUGCCAGGUCUUGGCUCUUCCCGUAUAUCUCAUCAAGCUUUAAAGGGCAUGAAAACGACACUUUUUUGCUUCCUUUAUCUCUUCACCGUGUCGUCGCUUCGUUCGAAACAUACUUUGCUGAAAAAAAUCCCAAAAAGAGGCUCGCCUGGGACCAUUCAUUGUCAAUUGGCGAGAUUGAGGGGACUUUUUAUGCAAAGGGAACUUGCAGAACGUAUACGUUUGUUAUGUCCGGCGUUCAAAUGGCCGUUUUUUUAGAAAUCCAGCAGAGAAGAGGAAAAUGCACCACCGCUGUUGACCUUAUGGAGAGGUUGAAAAUGGAUUCGCAUAAAUUCGGCUUUUCAAUGCAGCCUCUGCUGUCUUGCUCCCUGCUUUUACAAACGGAAAGCAGUGGCCAAUUAUCAAUCAACGCUCAGUUUCAUAGGUACUUAUGA